UCUCUGUAUCAUUCAAGCUCUUGUUUUCUCUCUCUAAUUUUUUUUCUCUCUCUCAUUUUUACACCCUUCAUUCAUUUUUCUCCAAUUUUGUUCAAGUUUUGAUUUUGUUUGGUGUUAUUAUUGUUUAAAGUAUUCUGGAAGAAAAUGCAAGAACAGAGUCAAUUGAUUUUAAAUGAGUAGUGGAUGUUCUAUGUAGUUGACGAUUGACGCUUCUUGUAUCGACAUUUGAUUUUAGUUUUGCCAUUGAAAAGCUCGAUUGAAAGAGGAAUUAACUGUAUUUACUGGAGGUUGAAGAUUGAGGAAAAAUCCUCUGCAUUUUUUGCCGGUUCGGAUUCAAAUUUUGAACCUGAGAUUAAGUUUUCCAUUUUAAAGACUUUAAGUUAUUUUUCAGGUGUAGUAGAUGGAAAAGGAAGUGGUAAAGAAGAAUCAGCAUCCCCACAACAAUACCAACAAUAAUAAUAUUAGUACCACAACUAGCCUUAGGGAAAGACACAUAAUUGGGGACGGUUUCAUCAAGCCUCCCCAUUCCACCGAUUUGGUUUUGCGGUGGGGUAGUCGGAAACGUCUCCGGUGUAUGAAGAUCCAGGUUAAAAAUGAGUCUUCUCCGACCACCCGGAUUACUGCCCGGGUGGAUCGGCGGGUUGUUAGAUCGGAUCACAAUAAUACCAAUAAUGGUACAGUUGGUACUGGUAAUCAUACCACCAACGGGUUUAAUCUCCGGCAACGGCCUGCUUCUCCAGCUCAUCCUCCUUCACGGGUCCUCAGGCCGAGGUGCUAUUUUGAGGAUCAUCAAUCUGAAGUUACCCAGGGAUGGAGGGAGUAUUUUCUAAGCUUGGAUCCUAGGCGAUUGCUCUUUUUGCUUACCCUCAAAACCGGUCUUGCGGGAAGAAAUUCAGAGAGUGGAUCGGGAAUGAAGACGCAGAAUAAUAAUUAUCAGAAUAAUGGUGGUGGAGGAGGAGGGAUGAAAGGGUUGGGCUCACCGGAGAGAGAAAAGAAAAGUGGUGGGGCCCACAAUCAUCACGAGAAUACUAUGAUAAACGGUGGGGGUAAAACGACGUCGUCAGAGACAAAAGGUGGCGGGUCAUCUUCAGGCGGUGGAAGCGACGUCGUUUGGCCACCUAAAUUUGUAAUCGCCUUAACAAAUAAGGAAAAAGAGGAGGAUUUUAUGGCUAUAAAGGGUUCUAAACUUCCUCAAAGACCAAAGAAACGUGCUAAGUUCAUUCAACGUAACCUCAAUUUGGUGAGCCCUGGCGGAUGGUUGUGUGAUCUAACUUUGGAGCGAUAUGAAGUCAGAGAAAAAAAGAUCUCUAAGAAGAGACCAAGGGGAUUGAAGGCAAUGGGCAAUUACAUGGAAUCCGACUCAGAAUAAUACUGGGUAGAAGCUAGGUAGUUAACCCGACAUAAGUUUUUAUUAGCAGCGUCAAAGUAUGACGAAAAGGGAAAGAAAUCAAUGUAAAUUGUCACCUUUUUCACCCUAUCUAAGCAAUGAUGAAGAAAAUAGUUUUGUUAUCCCUCAUGCUCACUAAUCACUAUGCCCUUGUGUGCUUAUAUAUGAAGCUCGCAAAUGAACGGUAAAGGGCCAUACUAAUCUUUGACUUAGCGUCUACGCCUUCUUCAGCUAACAUAUGGUGUUCCCUUGUUCAAAACUAGUAUGAAGAGCUUGAGUCGCCCAUGCUUGACGUGCUCUAUCGAUACUCAUCAUCACCGAGCCUUGAGUUCAAUGAAAGAAUAACUAAAAGUGAUUGUCGGAGCCAUGCUUGACGUGCUCUAUACUCUAUUAAUCCAAACAUUCCUUCACCUUUAAUUUCUAGAUCAAUCCUAACUACCCUUAAAAAGAUUUAGUGAGCUUAGACUUUCAGAAAAGGAUCACGCCUAAUAAUGAUUCCAACAAGAAUUUCUUCACCACUUACGAAGUGGUUGAUGGUGAAUGUUACCGUGGGUAUUAUUAUUGUUGCAAGGUGAUGUCGCUCAGGCUGUUGUUUGGAUGUAUUAUGAGGGCUUUAACUAGGGAUGAUCAUGAUCUAAUAUCCUAUUAGAUUCGUUUCUAUUUUUAGGGUAUGGUUCCAAAAAACAUGAAUCUAGGUCUAGGAUCUUCUUAUCGAUUUAAGAUUCAGACCUGUAAGAUCCGUCUUAGAUCAUUAUAAUUACUCUAGACAAAACUUAUUAUAUAACCCAAAAUUAAUUUUAAUUUGUUUUAAACC